AUGGAGGAGCGCCGGCCGAGCGUUGCAGAUGAGGGCCAUGGUGUCCCUAUUUCUGCUCGCCUCGCCAUGCCGGCACCACCGCCGCUGGCGAAAAUAUUAGCUGUCGCAAAGGAACCCUCGUACGCCAGCCUGCCCCUCCCAGUAUCCCUGCUCCUAGUUGCUACCGGCACCUGGAUCGUAUGCCAGUGGACCAAGAUUGUGUACAACCUCUUCUUCCACCCGCUGAGACAUAUCCCUGGCCCUCGUCUCGCGGCGGCCACCUACCUCCCGGAGUUCUACUACGAUGUCAUCAAGUCCGGACGUUAUACGAGGCGCAUCCAGCAGAUGCACCAGCAAUACGGCCCCAUAGUUCGCAUCAAUCCAUCAGAGGUUCACUGCAGCGAUCGUCGCUUUAUCGAGGAGAUCUACGCGGGAGGGAACCGGAAACGGGACAAACCGGUCCACCAGGUCCUGGGGAGUGGAGUCGCCGAGCAUGCCACCUUCUCGACCGUCAGCCACGAUGUCCACCGCAUGCGACGCGGUGCGCUGGCCAAAUUCUUCUCUCGCGCCCAAGUGUCCCACCUCGAACCGACGGUUCGCGACCUGGCCAGUCGUCUCUGCGACAAGAUUCUGAGGGUGGGCCAGGAGGCGCCAUUCGACGUGACCACGGCAUACAGCCUGUUCACCACCGAUGUCAUCUCGGGCUACUGCCUGGGCGAGAACCUCGGCUUGAUCGCGCAGCAGGGCUGGGAGCCCAACUUUCGGGAACCGCUCUACGCACAGCUGCGACUCGUCUACUUGUUUCGCUUUAUCCCGUUCCUCAAACAUGCGGGCGUGGCGAUGGCCAUGUUCACGCGGCGUCUGUCGCAGGACAUGGAAACCCUGUUCAACGCACUGAUUGUCGAUAUGCCAAAUUAUGUGCGGAAAGCCCAAGCCGACCAUGAAAAGGGCCUGGACAGCGGCUCCACCACAGUCUUUGGCUCCCUUUUGCGAUCCAACUUACCACCGUCGGAGAAGGGGCUGCAGCGCAUGACGGAGGAAGGGUUUUCACUCUUUGCCGCCGGGACGGAGACCGUUAGCUGGGCGCUGACCGUCAUCACCUACCAUCUUCUGUCCAAACCCGUGAUGCUGAAGCGGCUGUCCGAAGAGAUUCAUCAGGUUGUCGACGAGACAGGGCAGGUGCCAUCCUGGACGGCGCUGGAGAAGCUCCCGUACCUGGGUGCGGUGAUCCACGAGGGAUUACGUCUGUCGUACGGCCUGGCGAGUCGGACGUCGCGCGUCCCUACGGGGGAAGAUCUGGUGUACCAGGGCGAGUGGACGCCCCCGGGAACCCCCAGCAGCCGUGCGGACCCCAUUCCAGUCUCCUAUGUCAUCCCACGAGGUUCCGCCAUUGGCAUGUCCGCCGUGAUCGUUCACCACGACGAGAGCAUCUUCCCCGACUCAAAUGCCUUCCGCCCAGAGCGGUGGCUGGACGAGCAGAACCGGCAUCGAAAGGAGCUCGACCGGGCCCUCCUGGCUUUUUCCAAGGGCAGCCGUGGCUGCAUCGGGAUCAAUCUCGCCUACUGUGAACUCUAUCUCCUGCUAGCAAUGUUGGUGGUGCGAGUCUUUCCUCGAAUGCAGUUGUAUGAGACGACCGAGAGCGACAUCACGUACGACCACGACUUUUUCAAUCCGUUCCCCGUGUGGACCAGCAAAGGCGUGCGUGCGGUGGUGGUCUGA